AUGGAGCAUCAGUCAGGCACCUUUGUUGUCGACCAUCUCACCCUGUUCAACAUAUCCGCCGCUGGUCUCACGUAUUUCGCCAUCACCAUCGCUCUCAACUCUCUACGCGCGCCCAAGUAUCCGGAACCAUUGCCUUGGGUGGGACAUGGCAAAUCCUGGUCAGCCGCCCUGAAGAACUCCUUAGAUGGCUUCUCCAAAAGCCGCGACUGGCUACAAGAUGGCUAUCGGAAAUACCACAAACAGGGCCGGGCAUUUGUAAUGCCAUCAAUGCUAGGGGUUCCUACAGAGGUCUCGAUUCCGCGGUCGCAGAUGCAAUGGAUGCUAGACCAACCCGACCAUGUGCUUAGCACAGGUGCGGCGCACUACGACGUUCUGAAUGGCGACUAUGCUUUCGUAUCACCAGCUAUCCUGAAGGACCCGUAUCACGAGCAUGUUAUACAUAAGAACCUCGCGCGUAAUCUGAACGCUAUCAUACCAGACCUCGUUGAUGAGGUCAACAUCGACGUCGAAGAAGUGUGUGGUGCUGAUACCGAACAGUUCAAAAAGGUCCAUCUAAUGGACGAAUUACUUCUAGGUAUAAUCCCGAAAAUCACCAAUCGUAUGCUGGUAGGGAAGUCGGUAUGCAGGAAUCCGGACUACCUCAAGAACAUGAUGGGCUUCACCAUGGAUGUUGUUAUGAGUUUUAUACUCUUCCCACUGUUCCCGCGCACUCUGCACGCACUCAUUGGUCCUCUCUUCAGCUUACGUCCCAAAUACCACUAUUGGCAGACACGCAAGUAUACGUUGCCCAUCAUAAAGAAGAGACUGGAAGAUUUCCGCAAGAAAGAGGCGGGUGAUCCAGCAUAUGCGGAUUGGAAAGCGCCGAACGAUUUCAUUACCUGGACUAUUCGCACAGCCACAAGUGAGGGAAGGAAUGACGAGUUGAAACCAGAUCGUAUUGCGAUGCGCGUCUGCCCUUUGAAUUUUGCGAGCAUUCACACGACAGCCAUAACCGCGCAUAGUGCACUGAUCGACGUCCUGAGCGCGGAACCAAGCGUUGCGGAAGCAUUGCGUGAAGAAGCUACUCGGAUCUAUAACGAGGACGGGAAGCAGUGGACAAAGAACGGUUUGGCACGAAUGUACAAGCUCGAUUCGGCAAUCCGCGAGUCUCAACGGCAUUCUACCAUGGCUAUGAGCCUCAUAGGCAAAAAGGUUGUUGCAAAAGAAGGCAUAACAAGUCCAGAGGGUAUUCACUAUCCGUAUGGGUGUCUAUUAUCGUACGCUUGGUUACCAGUCGCUCACGACGAAGAAUUCUAUGCGAAGGAGGAUGCGUACGACGCUUUUCGGUUUUCAAGGGAUCGAGAACGAUUUGACUCAAUGACAGAGAACGAGAAAGCUAGUGUCGACAUGUUGAAGCUGAGGCAAAGCGGUAUGGUUACUACUGGUCACGCACAUCAAGCCUUUGGACACGGCCGACACGCUUGUCCUGGACGCUUCUUUGUUGCGCACGAGCUCAAGAUCAUGUUUGCACAUUUAUUUAUGCACUACGAAUUAAGGCCAAUUGCGGAAAGACCGGUCCGGAAAUGGGUGGGGAGGACUUCUAUACCUCCGAAAGUCGACAUCGAAAUCCGAAGACGCAAAGUGGAGUCUUGUUAG